AUGACAUUAUUUGGGAAAGCUGUACAUGUUUCUAUAGAUUUGGUACUAGUUUCAACAUGUCUAGCUGGGAUUAAAAGAAACACAGGUUUAUCUCCUAACCUUGCUUUGAUUGAAAGCCAAACUGCAAGAGAAUAUACAAGGAAGUAUUUGAGAUUUGGGGAAUCAGUAUACGAUUAUAGUGUUGCAUCGUGUGGAACCUCAAAGUAUUUUGAAAGAAAGUAA